AUGACGUCCAUGGACCUCCGUGUGGGAGGAAAGUACAGAAUCGGAAAGAAGAUUGGUAGUGGAUCGUUUGGUGAUAUCUACCUCGGUGUCAACAUUGUCACUGCCGAGGAAGUUGCCAUCAAACUCGAAUCCGUCAAGGCAAAGCACCCUCAACUCGAGUACGAAUCCAAAGUCUACAAGUCCUUGGCUGGUGGUGUUGGUGUGCCAUUCGUCCGAUGGUACGGCACAGAAUGUGACUACCAUGCCAUGGUCCUUGACCUACUCGGUCCAUCCCUUGAGGAUCUCUUCAACUUUUGCAACCGUAAAUUCAGCUUGAAGACUGUCUUGCUCCUUGCCGAUCAACUCAUCUCCCGUGUCGAAUACAUUCACUCUCGAAACUUUAUCCACCGAGAUAUCAAACCCGACAACUUCCUCAUGGGAAUCGGCAAGCGUGGAAAUCAGGUCAAUGUGAUCGAUUUCGGUCUCGCCAAAAAGUAUCGAGACCCCAAGACACACCUCCACAUUCCGUACAGGGAGAACAAGAACUUGACAGGAACGGCUCGUUACACCUCCAUCAAUACCCACUUGGGUGUCGAGCAGUCUCGACGUGAUGACCUCGAAUCUUUGGGCUAUGUCCUCAUGUACUUCCUCCGUGGACAACUUCCCUGGCAAGGUCUCAAAGCGGCGACCAAGAAGCAGAAGUAUGACCGAAUCAUGGAGAAGAAGAUGACCACUCCCACUGAAUCCCUCUGCCGAGCCUUCCCUAAUGAGUUCGCCAUCUACCUCAACUAUUGUCGAUCUCUUCGAUUCGACGACAAGCCAGACUACUCGUAUCUGCGAAAACUUUUCCGAGAUCUUUUCGUCCGAGAAGGCUUCCAAUACGAUUACAUCUUUGAUUGGUCUGUGCUCUCUGGCCAGAAACAAGGUGCUGCUCAAGACCAGGUCGCUCAGAUGCAAGGUAUGCAGCAUCCGACCAAGAUCCGCGUCCGACCGGAGGAU